AUGGCCGACACUGACCAUCAACCUGCGGCCACCGAUCACGCUCAGAUACAGCGGGAUGCCUCGGACGCUGCAGCCCGAGCCGCGAUCCCCCCUUCCCCCCCGAUGCCUUCGUCCGACCCCGGUCUCGCCAUUGUCGACCACGACGGCAGCGCCGCCGACCAAGACGACCUCUUUAAACUACCCGCUGCCGAAGCGCUGCGCCUCCUCAGCGCCAGCGUCGAGCUCCUGGUCCUCAUGACGGGCGACAUCCCCCCGACGCCGCCGCCCAAGACGCCCACCGACCCCCAGAUGACGGGCAUGCAGGUCGAAAAGGACAACAUGGUCCGGUCGCGCUCCCAGCAGAGCCUGGCGAACGCGAGGCAGCAGGCCGAGCGAGCAGCCGCCCACCGGCAACACGGCGACGCGGGCGAAGCGACGAGCGGCAUCGACAGGCUGCAAGCCUACAGCGCUUCCAUGUCUGCCCAACUCGCGGCCCAACAGCACGCGUCUGCGAUGCCAUCCACGUCCGCGGAACCCAUAGACGGCGUCAGGCUGCGCCAGCACCCAGACGCCGACGCGGAGCCGUACAUCAUUGUCGGCGCCGACUCGCGGCCCGUCAACCUCCAGCACGGCGCCAUCACGCGCAAGUUCUACAGCAAAAAGGAGCCGCCGAUCCCGAUAAGCCAGUACCUGCUGCGGCUGCACAGGUUCUGCCCCAUGAGCACGGCCGUCUACCUCGCCACGUCGCUCUACAUCCACCGGCUGGCCGUCGAGGAGCGCGCCAUCCCGGUGACGAAGCGCAACGCCCACAGGCUGGUCCUGGCGGGGCUGCGCGUCGCCAUGAAGGCGCUCGAGGACCUGUCGUACCCGCACGCCAAGGUCGCACGCGUAGGGGGCGUCAGCGAGGUCGAGCUGGCCCGGCUGGAAAUCAGCUUCUGCUUCCUGGCUGGCUUCGAGCUCGUCGUCGGCGAGGAGCCGCUGCGGAGGCACUGGGAGGAGCUGCGCGACGGCAGGGCCCAGCAGGCUCUUAGGGGCAUGGACGUGCCGACCUUGAAGUUGAGCAAGAGGCCUAGGGAGAUGGCGCAGGCAAGCGGGUGA